UCUGUCCUUUGCGAUACACCUUGGUAGUUGGUAGUUCUCAACUUCGCCAACAGAUCGCUCUGCGCUACAUGGCAACCAAUAACCUGCAAGAUUAGUGAAACGGUGGAACUGAGGACGAACCAAUCACCUGUCUGCUAUUAAACUGAAAACUCAACUCAUCAAAACUCUGUUCAUCUACAUCAGCUGUUUGUUUAAAUAUAACCCGAUAUUGAAUUGAAACAUAUCAACAUAACCUGCAAGUUUGUUUAUGUUGUUGAAAAAUGAAGACAUUAUUUAUUUAAUCAAAUACUAAUUGAAAAGGGUCCUGAACUGGAGAAAACUGAGUUGUGACUGAUGACCCUGCUUCUGAUUGUGAUGAGGAGGAAUCAUUUUCAAUGCAUGAUGAACUUUCUGACUUGUAUGUAGCCCUUAUAAGUGACAUUAAAGUUCUUUUGCCAGUUGAACCUGUUGUAACACCUACUCCACCUCCAGCUUCUCUGCGCCUGCCUAAAUUUGAGUUGCCUAAAUUUAGUGGUAACUAUGAAGAGUGGGUUAGUUUCUAUAAUAUUUUUGAAGCCUCUGUCAAUGCGAAUAAUUCUGUCUCCCCAGUGAAUAAGUUUCAGUAUUUGCUUAGUGCCCUGAGUGGUGAGCCCUUAGACUUGGUUAAGAGUCUUAAUAUUACUCCUGAAAACUAUGUGGUAGCCCUUCGACUUCUCAAGGAUCGCUAUGAAAACAAGAGACGUAUUGUCACUCAGCUUGUUACAAAAAUUCUGGAUUUGUCGCCCAUUACUAGUGGUUCGCUUAAGAGCUUACAAUCAUUUCUCACUGUAUAUAAGGAAAAUACUCAAGCCUUGAAAAACUUAAAUCAUGACAUUACAACUGAAAACACCCUGUUAGUCUUAACACUUUUAAAGAAGAUCCCAGCUGAUAUUAGAAAAUCUUUUGAAGACUCUCGCGCCUUAAACAACGAGAUCCCUCUUGUUAAUGAUUUAAUGACCUUUCUUGAAAUGGAAUUCAAACGUUUAGAAGGUGCUAGUAUUUGUCUCAGUUCACCAUCUACCUCAAAGUAUUCCACUGGCCUAAAGUGUCCUACAAACAUAACUAGGCCUAAUAAGUUUACGCGUGAAAGUAAGCCACAUUUCACCAACCAUACAAAAACUGCUCUUGUCGCCACAACCAACUCUUGUAGAUUUUGUCAAGCUGCAGAUCACAACAUAUACAAGUGUCAAGCUUUCCUAGCUAGAAGUGUGAGUGAAAGAUCUGAGUUUAUUCGCAAGAAUAGGAUUUGUACAAACUGCCUCGGUUAUCUUCAUAACACACUCAACUGCCCCUCAAGUAAAGUGUGUCAGAUUUGUUCCAAACAUCACCAUACUCUAUUGCAUGAGCCCACACGUAGUUCACUUCAGGCACAGUCAAGCUAUCAAACUAAGCUGUCUCCUCAAAAUAAGACCUACACACCUAAUUCAUCUUCAAAGAAUACAACAACUAUUAAUCCUACUGCUUCUACAAACGUUAACGCUUUUGUAGGAUUGUCUAGUCAACUCAAUCCAACUAAAACCACAAUCCUUCUUGGUACAUGUUUAGUUCAUGUCUCUUCACAACAUGGUCAACAUACUGUACUCCGUGCUGUGCUCGACUCCGCUGCCCAACUUACCCUUAUAUCAGAGAAAGCUAUUCAACUCAUCAACGCCCCACGUACUCGACUCCAUGAUGAAAUAAAAGGAAUCUCUGGUGCAGUUAUUAAUUCUAGAGGUAUCGUACAUGUCAACAUGUCUGCGAUCAAUGGAAAUCCUUUGGCUAAAAACCAUCCUUGUAUGGUUUUGAGUAGUAUCACAUCACCCCUGCCUCAGAUACCAGUUUCACACCAGGUUAAGGAAUCUUUGAAACAUUUUAUCCUAGCCGAUCCCUGUUUCGAUCAGCCUGGAGAGAUAGAUUUACUUAUCGGUGCAGACUUAUUUGCCCUAACCCUCACAGGCGAACAGCAUAGAUUAGGACAAAAUUUACCUCAAGCUCUUGGAACCAUUUUUGGUUUUGUUGUGAUGGGCCUCGCUCCUGUAGCCUCUGUAGCAGGAAACUCAUCAAACACAUUUCCCAUCUCACUCUUGACAACUCAUGAUUUGGAUCUUCAUAAUUCACUUCAAAAAUUCUGGACGCUAGAAGAACCCCCAAUACGGAUCAAGGCUCAGACUGAGGAAGAUACCCUCUGUUUACAACAUUUUGAAAACACCCAUAGACGUGAUGACUCAGGUCGUUACAUAAUCGAGCUGCCCAAGAAACCAAAUCAUUCCCCUCUUGGUGAAUCUUGUACCAAAGCACAAUUGAGACUUAGCUCGAUGGAAAGGAAAUUCUCUAAUCAACCCGAGUUACAAAGGCUCUAUUCUGAAUUUAUGGAUGACUACAUUGAAUCAGGUCAUAUGACUAUUUGUAAAGAACCUCCCACCUCUGAAUACUAUUAUUUGCCUCACCACGGUGUCUUCAAGGAGAAUCCCCCGAAUUCAAAAAUACGUGUUGUUUUUGACGGCAGCGCUAAAACUACUAAUGGCAUAUCAUUGAACGACAUUCUCAUGCCUGGUCCCAAACUUCAAAAUGAUAUCAGUGAUGUUUUAUUGUAUUUUAGAUGUCAUAAAAUUGUAUUCACCUGUGACAUACGUCAAAUGUAUCGUCAGAUCUUGGUUUCUGAUAAGGACAAAAGUUAUCAAAUGAUAUACUGGCGUGCUAGUCCAGAUGAUCCACUCCAAACGUACAAACUCAAUACAGUUACAUAUGGGCUUAAUUGUUCCCCUUUUAUUGCAAUCAAAACCUUGCACCAGCUAGUUUUGGACGAAGGUCAACCAUACCCACAAGCUUCUGAUAUCUUGACCAAGUCUAUCUUCUAUGAUGAUAUUAUAGCUGGAGCUGAAGAUCUUGAUAAAGCUAUGUCAGCUCAAAAUGAACUGAAAACAUUGCUGUCUAAAGGCGGUUUUGAACUCCGUAAGUGGAUCAGUAAUGCACCCCAACUCUUGGAUCAGAUUCCAGUCGAACACAAAGAAUCACCAGUGGAGUUGACUGAUGGUAGUGAGGCCUUCUACAGUGUAUUGGGUUUAAGAUGGACCCCAGAGACAGACAUGCUCUCAUACAAAGUAAAGAAUGUUGAAGUAGGCCACUUGCUAACCAAGAGAAUGAUUCUCUCAACAAUCGCUAAACUCUAUGAUCUCCCAGGAUUUCUCACACCUGUAAUAUUUUGGGCUAAAACACUCAUUCAAUAUCUUUGGACCACAGGUCUAAAAUGGGAUGAUCCAAUUCAAGAUGAGAUAAGAACAAAAUGGAUUUCCUUUUUAGAAGAACUACCCGUGAUCCAAAACCUAAGGAUCCCACGUUACAUCUUUACCUCAACUCAUAAGCUUGCAGAACUUCAUGGUUUCAGCGAUGCUUCGGAGAAAGGAUAUGCUGCAGUAGUCUACCUCCGUGUGAUCAACUUAUCGAAUGAUGUUAAAAUUAAUCUGAUAAUGGCCAAAUCUAAAGUCGCCCCACUAAAAAGAGUAUCUCUGCCUCGUCUCGAACUGUGCGGUGCUCACCUACUUGGAAAGCUCCUGCAAUACUGUUCAAAUCUUCUUUCGUCCCACAUUAAGAUUGACUCGAUGUAUGCAUGGUGUGACUCUACCAUUGUUCUUACAUGGAUACGCACUCACCCCUAUCGCUUAAAAGUUUAUGUGGCCAACCGUGUCUCAGAACUACAAGAAUUAAUCUCUCCUGAAUCAUGGCAUUACGUCAAGUCCCUAGACAACCCAGCAGAUUGUGCAACCCGAGGACUCUCCCCAUCUCAACUCUUAAGCCACCAAUUGUGGUGGAAGGGACCUGAAUGGUUAUACUUGUCAUCAGAUCUUUGA